GUUACAGUUUUAGUGAUGUAUCUGGUCUUGGCUUUAAUCAAGGUCAAGGACCAAUUUUUCUAAGAUACCUAAAUUGUUCAGGACAAGAGAAGUCCUUGACUGAUUGUUGUCAAAAUUAUAGUACAACUGAUUUAUUUAUUGCUUGUUCUCAUCACUUCAAUGAUGCUGCUGUUAUAUGUGAACCUCGUUGCAAUAAUGGUACUAUAAGGCUGAAGGGUGGAAAUUAUACUUAUGGAAGAGUGGAGAUAUGUAUUAAUGAAAUAUGGACUACAAUAUGCAGUGACCACUGGAACUAUAAAGAUGCUUCUGUUGUAUGUAAUCAACUUGGAUACUCUCCAUAUGGUGCUAUACCUGCUUCUGGAUAUUAUACUGAGACUAUAUGGCCUAUUGGUAUAGUUAAUCCUAAUUGUACUGGUGAUGAGGUCAGUAUAUUUAACUGUUCACAUAAUCAGACUGGUUCCUGUUCGCCAUCUCAUGAUGCUUCACUUAUUUGUCAAAAUGUGACAUUGGAACCAGCUAGUUGUGUAUCUGGAGAUGUUCGUUUGGUUGGUGGCUCAGCAGAAAAUGAAGGAAGACUUGAAGUGUGUAUUAAUCAAUUGUGGGGCACUGUAUGCAGUCAGCAAUGGGAUAUUAAAGAUACUAGAGUUGCUUGCAAACAAUUGGGAUACCAGGAAUUUGCUGGAAAGCAGUUUAGCAGUAGUGAGUAUGGUCAAGGUACUGGUCCUGUGUUUCUUGGAUACAUGUCUUGUACUGGAUCAGAAAACUCAUUACUUGAAUGUGACAGAAAUCCAUUUGUGGUUGCUAAUUCACAAUGCUCCAAUCAUUAUUAUGACAUUGGGUUAAAAUGUGAACCUCUCUGUGAGGAUGGUUCUAUUAGGUUACAAGAAGGAACUUCUUCUACUGGUCGUGUGGAAUUGUGUAUUAAUGGUACUUGGGGAACAGUUUGCAGUGACUUUUGGGAUAAUAAUGAUGCUAGUGUAAUAUGCAGUCAGCUAGGAUAUUCCCCUUGUGGUCAGUGUGAUAUUAGAUCAUAA